GAGUGAUUACGCGAGUCUACAUAUGCCGCGUGCAGCUCGAUCGUCCGUGAUAAUCGCGGUUUAUUCGUAACGAUCUCGAACGCGAGGUGUAAAUUGAGGUGUGCAAUGAAGACAAUGGGACGAUUCCUUCUCCUGAUGGCACUCUUGCCUCUUACGACGCAAGAGGAAAUCGCGGGGGAUGCAUGCAGUUGCGCAGUGUUUCCAGUUCCGGGAACGAAGUCGAUAAUAGAACAUAGGUUGCAAUUCAAUGUGAGUUGCAAUCAAGAAGGCGCAGAAAAGUGUCAACAAUUAUGUAUCGCCUUGGCUAAAAGUGUUCGAGAUAAAGCACCAAUGCUGAUUUGCGAGAAGCUGAAUACCCAUGUCGAAAAUUUGAAGGUGGCUGUAUAUAUGAAAUUGUGUAAUAUGGCUCUUUGGACAUCCACUGGUUUGGAGAGCACCGAGCCCAUUUGCUGUCACGAAGGGAAGGCGGUUAUUUGUGACGAGGCGAUGUCGAUAAUAGAGAAUUAACGAGCUUGCAUCCAAUUCAUUAUUUCUCGCUUAUUUCCACUAACGAGUACCUUACUAUUGAUUACGUAAUAUUGAUAACGUGUAAUCAAUAUACCACUUGCUACGGUAACAUUAUACGCGUGUAAUUUUUAGCUCGAUAUUUGCAAUUAGCAAUUUUCUGUGGAUUUGUAAGAAUAUAUCAUACAUACAUAUAUACGUACGUACGUACGUACACAUACACACACACACCACACACACGCACGCACGCACACAUAUAAACAAAUAAUAAAGUACGUAAAACAACAAUAGCAGAGGUCGGAUAAAUUUAUUUAGAAUUUGAAGAAUGCCGUUUCGGGAACAUUACUCGAUAUACAUUUAUCCUUUGUUCUCCUCACAAAGCUCGAAUGCCAAGACCGAGAUUGCUAAGAAGUCUAUCUGCCAUUAAAGUCUUUAUACAAAUGCUAAAGCUUGAGCUGAAAAUAUAAUAAUAUCAUUAAAGAGUACUGCAACUCUAAAAUGCUUGAUCCAUCGGAGAACGAAAAAUCUGUCCGCCGAAAAAUUUAUCUACAU